AUGAAGGCCCUUAGCCUUGUGCUAUUGGCUAUGCUGGUACCAUGGAGUACCGGUUAUAGUUAUGGACGUGUUAGUUCCUAUGGUGGCCAGGGUAGCUAUGGCUCUGGUUCAUAUGCCUACGGAACAUCUGGUGCUGGAUAUGGUUCCAAUUAUGGUUCCUCAGCUUCGACUUAUGGUUCGGGAUACAAUAGCGGUUAUGGCAGUGGCUCAUACGGUUCAAGACGUUGUGAUGGUACCUCGUGUUCGUUUGGCAGUAAUUCUGCUUAUACCUCAUCAAGUCAAACAUCGUCGUCGUCUUCGUCAACGACUUCAUCGGCUUCGUAUAGCUCGUGUUGUGCCUUGAACUCCUGGGCCCAACAGUACUUGGUGGAGAUUCGCGAAUUCUCGGCCCGUUUGAGACAGGAAUAUAAUAGUUUAAUGACUGGAUCCGGACAUGGUUAUAGCACCACCUAUACACCGUGGUCAGAACGCAUCAUCAGCCUGACCGGCAAAACCUCGGGCGAACUUGAUGCUAUCUGCCGCUUGCAGGCUGAGGAAUUGCUGCAGGACAAACGCAGCGGUGCCCUUAGCUACCAAUUGAUUGCCCAUCCCAGUUUCUUUGAAUGGAAAUCCUCGGAGGUCUUGUACCGUUACUACGCCGUCGAUAAUGGCCAACAGCAACAACAAACUUUGGACCUGGGUUUUAAACCCGUCGAUUUGAGUUCUUUCGAUGAUGUCAAGACCUAUAAUUACCCCACUGAAGUUAAGGUUAUCGAUGGCAAAACCUAUGUGGUCCACAAAAAUGUUACCGAGGCCCAUAAGACAUCCGGUACCGGAACCUUGGACAACCCCUAUGUUACCCUGAUCAAACGCAAUCGUACCAUUAUUACAAAUGGCCCCGCUGGGGUAUAUUCUACCCCUAGUUUGGGUUUCACCACGGGUUCAUAUGUUGUACCCAGCUCACCCAGUGUGAGCUAUGGCCCCGUAGGAACCACCACAGUGACCCGCAAGAAGACCGUCUACGAUUGGGCCAAUCAAAAUAUGGAACCCAGUGUUAUUGGUUAUCGUCCUGCGGUGCAUUUGGAAACCGGUAGCUAUACCCGUCCUCCUGUACACAUUCCCGUCGAUAGUGGUUAUGGCUCAGAUGUGGAGACCUUCAGUGCUGGGUAUAGACCUAGCUACGGCCCGGGAUCCACCGUGAGUGUGCAACGCGUCAAUAAGACCAUCAUUAAGGACCACACCGGCAACGUGAUCAGUUUAUCCGGUACCCAGAGCCAUAAAAAAUGGGUCGAUGGUAAAUUGGUUUAUGACACUGAGAGACCUUUCGGUGAAUGGUCUGUGCCCCGCGAUGAGGCCUGGAAACGUGAGGAACGUGAGCGAUUCUUCUGGUUCCUGACUUCGGGUAACACCACACCCCAAAAUCUCGAAGCCUGGGAGCGCCAACAGGAGGAACGCCUUUUGGGUCUAGCAGAACGUAACCACUGCACCCUAGACGAUAUCCAUGCCUUCCAUCGCACCGAAUUGGAACGUUAUCAGAUUCUCUUGGCCCAGUAUAACUCCCAAACCGAUGAACCCGUGGAGUGGAAACGUAAGGAACGUGGCCGCCUCGAUUGGCUCGUCCAUCAGAACAGCAUUACCCGUGAGGAGUUGGAACGCUGGCAGCAGGAAAAUGCCGAUAAACUCAAUCAGUUGGCCCGUCAAUAUCAAGUCCCAGUGCAGGAUCUCAAGAACUGGCAGUUAGAGGAAUUGGAUCGUCUCUAUGUCUACUUCAAUGAUCAAAAUAACUCCAUGAUCCCCCUACCCACCGAUUCGCUACGCACCGAUGAACAGCGUCGCCUGGAGGAACUGAUCCGUCAACACAAUGCCACCAUUGAUCAGCUACACAAUUCCAUUAAAAUGGAUCAAGAAAAGCUCAAGGACCUCUCACAGGUCUACAAGGGUAAUGUACAGGAUAUGGAAAAAUGGCUCAAGGAAGAAUUGGCUCGCCUCGGCGGAAUCAUCACCGAGACCCGUGAAGAAAUGAAUCGCAUCACUGAAUGGCAAAAAUCCGAACGUAGCCGUUUGGAAAAUAUGGUGAAACUCCACCAAGGUUCUGUUACCGGUAUCGAUGAACAAAUGGCCAAGGAUCGCGUCUAUCUACAAAACCUUGCCAAUAAAUAUCACGUCAGCAUUGAAGAGCUCGAGAAAUGGCAACGCCAAGAACUGGAACGUCUGCAGAACGAAGGACAAAUGCAAAUCGAAAAGGGCAUCAAGGAAUGGCAGUUGCGCGAACAUGAAAAUCUCAAGAAGUUGAUUGCACGCAAUGACCUCACCAUCGAGGAGUUCCAAACUCAGGUGCUUAACGAUCGUCAGAGGUUGGAGAAUUUGGCCCGCACCUAUCAUGUACAGAUUGCCGAAAUCGAAUCAUGGUUGAAAUCGGAAAUGAGCCAACUGAAGAAUGAAGGCUUUUUGACUGAGGUUAAGAAGGAAUUGGAAGACUGGCAGAAGAAGGAACGUGAGCGUUUGAUGUUGAUUGUCCAGCAGAGUGGUGCCACCGUUCAAGAUUUGGAAUUGAAAAUCAAGGCCGAUCAAAGUCAUUUGAAUAAAUUGGCGGCCAAUUAUAAUGUGCAGGUCAAAGAAAUCGAAGAUUGGCUGAAGAAUGAAUUAAUGCGCCUGCAGGCCCAAGGCUUGGUCAAGGUCGAGGACCUCCAGGAAUGGCAGAAGACCGAACGUAAUGAAAUUUUCAAGCUCAUCGAAAAUAAUCGCAUAACCAUUGAAGAAUUUGAAAGUAAGCUUCUUAACGAUCGCCGUAAAUUGGCCGAUUUGGCAAGGACCUACAAUGUCCAAGUCCAUGAAAUUGAAACCUGGAUUAAGAAGGAAGGUGAGCGAUUGCAAAAUUUGGGUCUGUUGCAGAUCAAGGAGCAACUGAAUAAUUGGCAAAUUGUGGAACGUGAGCGAUUGAUGAAGCUGUUGCAGGAAAAUAAUUAUUCGAUUAAGGAAUUGGAGGAUAAGUUGAAAAAGGAUCAAACCCAUUUGUAUGCCACCGCCAAUCAACAUCAGGUCCGUGUCGAGGAAAUUGAGGAAUGGUUGAAAAAGGAAAUCAAGCGCCUGCAGGAUGAAGGUAUGCUGGAGAUUGAGAAAUUGAAGUCGUGGCAGUUGGAAUGGCGUGGCAAUUUGACCACGAUGAUCAAGGAGCGGGAUUUUACCGUGGAACAGUUCCACAAUUGGCUGAUGGAUGAUCGCAAGCGUUUGGAGGCCCUGGCCAUGCAGCAUAAUGUGCAGAUUGAGGAAAUCGAGGAAUGGGUUAAGAAUGAGGAGCAGCGCUUUAUUAGCAUGGGUUUGUUGAAACCGAAUGAGAAGUUGACAAAUUGGCAGGAGGUGGAACGCAGAUACUUGGAGAGGAUUACCCAGGAGCAAUACCAUUCGACCGAGCAGUUAGAACAGAGAUUGAGACAGGAUCGUGAGUUGUUGGAAAAAUUGGCCAGGGAUUAUCAGGUCCAGGUGGCGGAAAUUGAGUCAUGGAUGAAGAAGGAAUUGGCCAGACUUCGCGAUGAGGGUCAAUUGCAGAUUGAUAAUUUAACUUCGUGGCAGAUUGCCGAAAAGGAGAGGUUGGAUAAGUUAUUGAAGCAGAACAAAAACUGGUCUGUGGAAGAAUUUGAAGCAGUGCUGAAACAGGAUCGUGAACAUAUGCAGAACACCGCCUUCCAGUAUCAUGUCUCCGUGGAGGAAAUUGAAAAAUGGAUCCAAGGAGAAGUGGAUCGCCUCCAGCAACAGGGUAAACUGAAUAUUGAAAAAAUGACCCAAUGGCAAAAGGAUCAGUAUCAGAGGAUUAUGAAUCUGCUGCAGCAGCAAUCGAGCAUCACAGCCGAAGAAUUUGAGACCAAGAUUGCCAAGGAUCGCACGUUCCUGAUG